AUGUCGGUGACUAGCAACGGUUGCGCCUCGAUAGAAGCGCCAUGGAGAAAGGAGCUCUCGAUCAGAACGGAAGGUAGCGGUAAGGAGGGACGACUCAAACCGGAUAUCACCAAGCUUCAGAGAGCACGGGAUAGAUCGAUCCGGAGAAAACCCACCAAAGCGAACUCCUCAGAAGCACACAGAAGAUUGAACGAUGGCGCGAGAAUCGAGACGGAGAAACCUGAGAAGAAGGGACUGGAGAACAUUAAAACCAAGAAGAAAGCAUUAAAUCCGGACUCCGGCGCUGAAGAAGCCAUCGGAGCCGGCCAGGAGACAACAACGACGAAAGGUGCGAUUAGUGAGAAGCCAGAGAGAGAAGGAAAAAGCUUUGGCGGCUGA